AUGGCGACAAGAUAUCUCUCAUCCAGAGGGGGUACCCAUGAUCAAAAUCGUUCUUUCGAAGAGGUUGUCAUCACUGGCCUUGCUUCAGAUGGCGGCCUAUUUCUACCCCAAGAGGUUCCGCCAAUGCCCGCCAUUUGGGAAGGGCUUUGGACAGAUUGGAAUUUUGAAGAACUAGCUUUCGAGAUCUUCGCUCUCUACAUCGACCCCAAUGAAAUUCCAUCGAGAGAUCUUAAGGAAAUUGUCAACAAGUCGUAUUCGACUUUCCGUGCCCCUGAUGUCACUCCCUUGGUGACUUUGGAUGAAGAGAAGCAGUUGUAUUUGCUUGAGCUCUUCCACGGUCCUACGUUCGCUUUCAAGGAUGUUGCUCUACAAUUACUUGGCAAUCUUUUUGAGUACUUCCUUGUUCGUAAAAAUGGGGACAAACCCGAAUCAACAAGGGAACACUUAACUGUAGUCGGAGCAACGAGCGGUGACACUGGAUCUGCGGCCAUUUAUGGUCUUCGAUCUAAGAAGGAUGUCGAUAUUAUGAUAAUGUUUCCCGAAGGAAAGGUCUCACCAGUACAGGAAGCGCAGAUGACAUCGGUCUUGGACCAAAACGUGCACAAUGUGGCCGUUGAUGGCAGCUUUGACGAUUGUCAAGACUUCGUCAAAGAGUUGUUCGGAGACGCUGAGAUCAAGAGGACUCAUCAGCUCGCUGCCGUCAAUUCGAUUAAUUGGGCUCGUAUAUUGGCACAGAUAUCCUACUACGCAUUUUCGCUAGGACGACUCCUUCGAGACGGGAGGAUCAACGCAAGCUCCAAGGUUCGCUUCGUAGUUCCCACAGGCAACUUUGGAGACGUCCUCGCGGGGUACUUUGCAAAACGCAUGGGCUUCCCCAUAGAGAAACUCGUGGUGGCGACCAAUGAGAACGACAUCCUCGAUAGAUUUUGGAAAACCGGCUAUUACGAGAAGAAACCUAUUCAUGGCCGUCAAGUGAAUGGAGGCUUCGCCGAAGAUGGCGUCAAAGCCCACGAGGACGGCGUACGAGAGACGUUCAGCCCCGCCAUGGAUAUCCUUGUAAGCAGCAACUUCGAGCGCUUACUAUGGUUCCUAGCUUUUCAAGUCUACGGUGAAGGCCUGAAAACCGUUGAAGAAAAGAGGGCAGAAGCAGGACGGAGGGUUAAAGGCUGGCUGGACGAGCUCAAAUCAAAAGGGGGUUUCGGCGUCGAGCCCAAGCUCCUUGAAGCCGCAAAGCUGGACUUUGAAAGUGAGCGUGUCUCCAACAAGCAGACGAUUGCAAUGAUCAGGCAGCAAUACUCCGCACAGACACCAGCUGCCAAAGAAGACGCCUCGAGUGGUACCGCAGGCGCUACGAACCAUGGCAAAUACAUCCUGGAUCCUCAUUCCGCCAUCGGUGUCGAAGCAGCCCUAAGAUCUGUUCAGCGCGCUCCACCGCCGGGAACUACCCACAUCGCGUUGGCUACGGCUCAUCCAGCAAAAUUUUCCAAGGCGGUUUCGCAAGCGUUGGAGAAUGAGAAGAAUUUCCAAUUCCGCGAUCUGCUGCCGGAGCAAUUCGUUGGACUGGAGGAGUUGGAGAAGAGGAAGUAUCAUUUCAGAAAAAGCGAGGGGAUUGAAGGGUUGCGAAACUUCAUCCGCAAGCGAGUACCAUCGCGUUGA